CAUACUAUAAUUUAUGAUUCAGAUUGAAGUCUUUAUAUAUUUAUUUUUUUCAUUUUUACUUGAAAGCAAAAAAUAUUUUUUUUUCAAAUGUUUUGCUGUGUAUUUAUGAGUUUGAGAAAAUUACAUCGAUCUUUAAUGAAACUACAAUUCUUUUCUCGCAUGUGAGUAGUUCUCAUGGUUGGUAUUGUCAUAUUGUCGAAUUCUCGAAUUUCGUUUGGGAAACAAAAAUAUAUUUGUUCAGGAGGUUAAACUUUGGACUUAAUAUCCGAGAUCGCUUUCUAGUUAUUUGAUUUUAAUAUCCCAUAUCCUACUAUAUAUCUCACCAUUCUUUAUUAAUUUUAUUCAAUAAUUUUACUUAUCUAUCAAAAGCAUAUUUGCGAAUUUUUAUUUAUAUAUUUAAGGGAUUUGAAAUCUUACAGUCAAUGGAGGUAAAGAUUUACUAGAACUAAAGCAAUUUAAUGAAAUGCAAUAACUAAUAAACAAAUUCUUUUUAAGCAAGUAGAAGUAUAAAUAUAUUUCAAUUAAUUAUUGCAGUCCAAAAAGAUGUGGUCAUUAAUUUAUUAAUAACUUUGAAACCAGAAAUACCACUUUUUACCAUUCUAAUAUAUAAUGGUGGACAUAAGUGUUUUAACAAAGCGCGAAGCAAUGUACAAUUGUGUGUCUCUCUUUACUCGUAGAAGUAACGGUAUUUAUUAAACUUUCAAUAGAAAACUGCUAUUUAUAGCUAUAAGAGAACAAAAUAUCGCACUGAUAAGCUAAUCCUUUUAUUUGCUAUGACAUAUUAUGUAUGUGAGAGACUAUGCAUUUUUGUCUGGACAAAAGUAUUUUAACAUUGCAUUGUUUUGGUUCUUAUUUGUGCCACGAGUGAUAAACACAGAUAUUUUGUAAUUUGUAAAGUCGGCUAAUCUCAUCUGAAUUCAAUUUUUUUUAAUUUCAUUCAUUUUUCCCUUUUUCUUACUUAAAAUAUAGGUAAAACACGUGAACUAACCCAAAUCCAGCGUAACGAAAUGGUAAUAAAGUACAGCGCAGGUAUUUCGGUACAUAGUCUUAGCCAAUUAUAUAAAGUUCCGCGGCAAACAAUUUACUACCAAAUAUGUCAAUAAGCCAUAAAACUAUUGAAAUACGGUUGAAACAGGCUAACUCCGCCACUUAUGUAGCCCGUCCAAUAUUUUUUAUUUCGCCAAAAAAUAAGAUUAAGCGUUUAGCGUUUGCCAAAUUAUUUGUUCACAAGCCUCAAUCUUUUUGGGAACAAAUUUUGUUUGAAGAUUUUGGUACAGGUAACAGGAGUAAAGAGAUUGCGUCUAAAUUUUUUUUAUUUAUGGUAAAAAGGCUGUAUUACUUCUGGAAACACACUUUCAGCUUUUACAUUUCAAAGGAUUCUAUUGACAGUGCAUUCUAUAAUGUAUAUUAAAAUAAUAAAAUAUAUCAUAACAGUUAAUUUUUUCAGGACAACGUGUGCGUAAAUUAGUUCUGCAUAACAUAGAGGCUAUUACGAAUGCUGGAUUAAAUGUAACGGGUAUCAUUGCUGAUCAAGGUACAAACAACACAAAUUGCUUCAAACAAUUGAAACAAAAAGAUGAUAAUUAUUUUAAUUAUAAUAACCGUAAUAUAUAUAUAUUUUAUAAUUAUUGUUAUUUCUUUAAAAAUAUAAGAAACACUUUGUUAGCACACGAUAUUCAAACUCCUAGGGGUAUGGUGGCAACUUGGAAAGUAAUUAGGGAAUUGUAUGAUCUCGAUAGCGCAUCAUCUAUACUCCGGCUGGCUCCCAAGUUAACUAGCAAACAUAUUCAACCAAAAAUUUUGAAUAUGCAUGAAAGUAAGCUUGACCAUAGAAAUUUUAGAAACACUGUAGCUUCAGGGAGCAAAACACUUAUUAAAAAAAUCAAUGACGGAUUUGACAUUCUUGAUAAAAUACCUGUUUCUCGUUAUUGCAACAAAAGAAAAAAAUUAUUUCAUUUUGAAAUUAUCUUGACGGUCUCACUAUUUUAUUAAAUACCAAUGUAAAUUGUAUCACUUUUCUAAAAUGGACGAUAUCAGCAAUGCUUGACCUAAUUGAUGAAUCAUUUCAAAAUGCCGAAAUAAAUAAUAUUCCAUUAGGUCUCAUCAAUCAGGAUUGUAAUGAAAAUUUCUUUGCAUUAUUGCGUUCUUCUCUUGGAAAUAACACAAAUCCACCAGCGAGAGAAGUUCAUUAUUUGACAGGAAGGCUUUUAUCCAUACAAAUUGUUAACCAAAAUUAUAUCAAAGACAAAAAUUGUCGUGGUGAGAAAGAAAAAAAUUUAGAAUGGA